CACAUAGCAGAGUCAACAAGCACCACCAGUCAGAAGAAAGACGGAAGCCAACACAGGAGACACACUGCUGAUCAACUUUUUAACUUUUUGUCUAAGUGAGCACUUGUUCACUGCAAGGCUCUUAGUGUUUUCAUUUUGCAGCAAUCUACAGCAGAUCUCAUCAUGAGGUGCUGUGCUUUAGCUGUGUGUUUAUUUUUGGGGAUAAGCAUACAGGAGGGAUGGAGCCUUCCCCUCAAGUCCGUCUUUGUCACAUUCCCAGGAGACAUCAUCAACAACAUGACUGAUUCGGAGUUGGCAGAAGGUUAUCUGAAGAAGUUUGGCUACAUGGACACGCUGACACGCAGUGGCUUCCAGUCCAUGGUGUCCACUUCCAAGGCUUUGAAGAGGAUGCAGAGGCAGAUGGGGAUGGAGGAGACUGGAGAGCUGGAUAAAUCCACCCUGGAAGCCAUGAAGCGGCCACGCUGCGGGGUUCCUGAUGUGGCCAACUACAACACAUUUGAAGGAGACCUCAAAUGGGACCAUAAAGAGGUCACCUAUAGGAUCCUUAGGUAUACCCCGGACAUGGCGACGUCUCUGGUUGACGACGCCUUUGCCAGAGCCUUCAAGGUGUGGAGUGAUGUGACCCCUCUGACUUUUACCCGCCUCUUUGAUGGGACAGCUGACAUCAUGAUUUCAUUUGGAAAAAUCGACCACGGAGACCCUUACCCAUUUGAUGGUAAGGAUGGACUUCUGGCCCACGCUUACCCCCCUGGUGAGGGUGUGCAGGGUGACGCCCACUUUGACGAUGAUGAGUACUGGACCCUGGGAGAAGGACCAGCUGUGAAGACUUUCUAUGGGAAUGCUGAUGGUGCCAUGUGCCACUUCCCUUUCACUUUCGAGGGCAAAUCCUACACCACAUGUACCUCUGAUGGGCGUUCGGACGACCUGCCAUGGUGCUCCACCACAGCCGACUACGGCAGAGACAAGAAAUUUGGCUUCUGCCCAAGUGAACUCCUGUACACAUUUGGAGGAAACGCAGACGGAGAAAAGUGUGUCUUCCCCUUUGUCUUUCUGGACAAAGAAUAUGACAGCUGUACCACAGAGGGCCGCGAUGAUGGCUAUCGCUGGUGUGCCACCACAAGCAACUUUGACACUGACGUGAAAUAUGGGUUCUGUCCCAGUCGUGAGACCGCUGUAAUUGGUGGAAAUUCUGAGGGAGAGUCCUGCCACUUCCCCUUUGUGUUCCUGGGUAAAGAGUAUGACUCCUGCACUAGUGAGGGACGAGGAGACGGCAAGUUGUGGUGCGGUACCACUGACAGCUAUGAUGACGACAAGAAAUGGGGUUUCUGUCCUGACAAAGGUUACAGUCUGUUCCUGGUGGCAGCCCAUGAGUUUGGUCAUGCCCUCGGCCUGGAACACUCCAACAUCAGAGAGGCUCUCAUGUACCCCAUGUACAGCUUCGUGGAAGACUUCUCCCUACAUGAGGAUGACAUUGAAGGCAUUCAAUAUCUCUAUGGACGCAAAGAUGGCCCUGAUCCCACUCCACCUCAACCCAACACCACCCCCACUACCGCCUACCCAGACCCUGAUGACACUGAUAAACCCACUGACCCCACCACCACCACUACCGCUACACCUGUGGAUCCAACCAAAGAUGCCUGCAAGAUGACCAAAUUCGACACCAUCACUGUGAUUAAUGGAGAGCUACACUUCUUCAAUGACGGACUAUACUGGAGGAUGUCCAGCGGGAGAGAUGGAGGGCUCAAGGGACCAUUUUCUAUUUCCGAGACGUGGCCCGCUCUGCCAGCAGUCAUCGACUCUGCGUUUGAAAACACUCUGGCCAGGAAACUGUACUUCUUCUCAGGGACACGAUUCUGGGUGUACACAGGGAAGAGUGUUCUGGGUCCCCGCAGCAUUGAGAAGCUUGGCCUCCCGAACACUGUUCAGAAGGUGGAGGGAGCACUGCAGAGGGGCAAAGGCAAAGUGCUGCUCUUCAGUGGGGAGAACUACUGGAGGCUUGAUGUGAAAGCCCAGAAAAUCGACAAAGGGUACCCCAGAUACACAGAUGCCGUCUUUGGUGGCGUCCCCAAUGAUGCUCAUGAUGUGUUCCAGUACAACGGACACAUGUACUUUUGCCGGGACCGCUUCUACUGGCGUAUGAACUCCCGCAGGCAGGUGGAUCGCGUUGGCUACGUGAAAUAUGACCUUCUCCAGUGCACAGAUGCUUCACGCACUCGCUACUGAGGAGAUGAAGGAAACAGGGAUGAGCUGGAAAUCGUCUUUAUUGUGGUAGCACCUACUUCUCUUGCCUGUGCAGGUGUCAGGGAGAAUGUGAUGCAGUAUAGCGUCUGUUGUAUGAUGUGUGUACUUUCGGGUAUGUAAAUAAUUGGCCACCAUUGACCUUGGCUAAUUCUAAAACAUACAGCAAUGGCCCAAAAAAGAGAAAAAAUUGUUUUUUUGGCACUGCCUUAUUAUCUUACUCAGAUAAUCUGUGAACUGGUUGGUUGACCCAUAACAACUAAAUUAAUGUUGAAGGUUAUCUGGAUUCCAGAUGUACUUAAUAAUUUCUUUAUGUCUGACAGGUUCAGACCAUAAACAGUAUUAGAAUAUGUUUGGUAUUUAUAGCAAUAUCUAAUAUGAUGUUUGUGUCCUAACGCUUGUUUGUUUUGUAUAAAUAUAUGUGAGUAUUUUUGAAAAUGGCUUCAAAGCCAAUUACUUGCACUGGAAGACAAUGUAUGUCUCCUUCACUGAAAUUAUUUAUGAGACUGAUAUGUUUUGUACUUUCAAGGCAAUAAACAUUCUGUGAGAAUAA